UUUGUGGCUGAUGCCCUGUCUUUUUUUAGAGCUUUUGGAUCUCUUUUCGCCCUUGCUCUGGGGGAAUAGUAGCAGCUAGAAUAACCUCUGUUAAAGCUAGCAGAGUGAGCGGAGUGCGACAGUGCACGGUAGAAGCAGCGAUUGCUAUCCGGAACAUGGCGGAGACCGUGCGCUCGCUGUUUGACUAUCGGGAGCCUCCGACGCUGGACAGCGAUGGAGAAGGAAGCAAACCGCCACCGCCGCGCGGGCGAGGCUGUGGCCGUAAGAGGAAGGGAACGCCCGUGAAGGUGUGCGACCGGGUCUUCGUCACCGAGGAUGAGGAGGAGAGCCUGUCUGAACACAGCUACUGUCCGGGUGACGGUCAGUACCAGGAAGGAGAGGAGGACAGACUUCCCCCGCCCGAUGGCCCCUACUACCUCGCCGACCCCGCCCAGCUAUGCGUCUCGGAGCUCGGAGAGGAAGGGGGCAGCGGGGCCAGGACCGCCGUGCUCUACCCGCCGCCGCCAAACUGCCGCAUCAGAGAGGUGCACUGUGGGAGCCAGGUGCGGCUGGUCGUCAUAGCGAUCAGAGACAUCGCCAAGGGGGAGGAGAUAACCGUGGACUACAGCCUGACCGAGUGGGGGGAGAACGCCAUGGGUUUCCACAGCUCUGUGUCUCCAGGAGGGUUCGAAUGCAGCUCUGAUGCCGAGAACAAUGUAAAGAAGGAGGAGGAGUCUGGCCCUGUCUCCCUCUCUCUCUCCGUCUCUGACUACCUCACGCCCUCCUGGUCCCUCUCCCCUUCAUCUUCCCCGCUCUCUCACUCCGAGCCCAGCGACUCGGACCGCGAGGAAGAGGAGGACGAGGAGGACGAGGACGCGCAGGAGCACAGGGGCCGCAUGCUGCGCAGGCGCAAGAAGCGGAAGGGCGCGCCCGGUGCCAAAAAGAAGGCGGGGCCCCGGACUCCCGGCCGCCCCGCCCUCUUCUCCCGCGCCCCGCCCCAGCCCGCCCCCGCGCGGCCCCUCUUCAAAUCACCGCCCACCGUGGCCCCCACCGCCACCACCACCAACAUCAACAACAACAUCAACAUCAACAUUGGGCGGGACGGGCCGGCGGGCGUGGUGGAGGGCGUGGGCGUGGUCGGGGGUGGGCAGAGGCAGAGCUGCCCGUACUGCGGCCGCCAGUUCCGCUUGCUCGCCCGCCACCUGGAGAAGCACCACGCCCAGCAGCCCGAGAUCAGGGCGGCCAUGGAGCGCGCCCAGACCCACCCCCACGCCGCCCUGCCGCAGCUGCGUCCCCCCGCCCACCCGCACUCCGCCCUGCCCGUCCCCUCCUCCUCCUCCUGCUCCUCGGCCCCGCCCACGCUCUCCUUCUCCAGGGAAAGAGAGGCCCAGGUUCACGGCGGAAACAACGGCGUCUCCCUCUCUCUGUCCCUCUCCCCCGCCUCCCUCAGCCACGCCUCCCCCAGGAAGAGCCCCGCCCUCUCCACCCCGCCCAGGAAGAGCCCGGCCCCGCCCCUCUCCACUCCGCCCAGGAAGAGCCCCGCCCCGCCCCUCUCCGCCACGCCCAGGAAGAGCCCGGCUCUGCCCUUUUCAACCCCGCCCAGGAGGGGUGUGUCCACAAUGACCACGCCCAGGAAGGGUGGCCGCAGGUUGAAGAAGGAGAAGGAGGAGGAGCAGCCGGAGGAGAGGCAGGUGACUAAAGAAGAGGAGGUCUCUCCUCCCGUCUUUCAGGAGGUGGUGAAGGAGGGCAUGCAAGAAGAGAACGGAGUGAGGGAGGAGGAGAGUGGAGGAGAGGAGAAGAAAGGAGCAAUGUCGAGCUCCCGCAGGCCCCACAUGAUGCCGCUGCUGUCCUCGCUCUCGUCGCUGGUGAUGUACCUGCGGCGGCUGCAGCACUCGGCCUUCCUGUCGCUGUCGCGCUCGCCGCAGUCGGCCGAGGCGUGGCGGCUGCUCUGCCACGCCAGCCUGGCGCUGCUCAUCCUGUACAACCGGCGGCGCGAGUGCGAGGCGUCCAAGCUCACCAUCCAGGAGUACCGCAGCCGCGUCACGCCGCAGUGCCCCAUCCCCGUGCCGCCCGGCGCCCCGCCCGCCCUCACCCCGCUGGAGGCCUCGCUCUCGCCCUUCGAGCGCCAGGUGCUGCCCCACCUGCCCCGGGCCGGCGUGCAGGGCAAGCGGGGGCGGGUGCAGCCCCUCAUCCUGCCCCCCCACAGCGAGCCCUGCCUGGAGCUGCUGCUGCAGACCCGGCCCGGCGUGGGGGUGGACCCGCAGAACCCCUACGUCUUCGCCCGGCCCUACCACUCGCCGGCCACGCCCCUGCGGGGCACGGACCUGCUGCGGAGCCUGGCGCGCUCCAGCGGGACCCGAAACCCGCGCGCCCUCACCCAGACCCGCCUGCGGCGCCAGGUGGCCAUCUUCACCCAGCUGCUGCUGCUGGGCGAGGGCGAGGGGCAAGGGGCGGGCAGCACCAGCGCCAGCCAGCGCCUGGAGAGCUUCCUGCAGAAGGAGUACCACGUGACCCAGAGCUGCGCCAGGAUUGGCCAGGACCCGGGCCUGAUGGGCCGCGUGGGCAGGGUGGUGCUCUGCGGAGAGAGGGACGGGGUGCUGUUUCGGGGGAUGAGCCUGCACCACAUCUGCCUGGAGCUGGACGUGAUGUCAGGGAACUCUGCAGACUCUUUCUCUGAUGACUCGGACGGGGAGCAGGGUAAAGAGAAGGCGGGGGCGUCGUCGGCGACGAUGGGGAAGAAGGGCGUGGCCAAUGGCAAGUCCCCCCGGCAGAGGAAAGGAAACGCAGCUCUUCCCAACUCCGCCUCCCCUUUCGCCUCCCCCAACGGUCGCAGGAAGGGAGCAGGCCAGCCCAAACCAGGGAAGCGUGGCGUUCUGAAGCGGCCCUGGUCGGAGGCGGAGCGCACGGCCGUGGAGUCCCACCUGACGCGCAACAUCAUGGAGCUGCGGGUGCCCGCCAAGGCCGACUGCGAGCGCUGCCUGCAGCUCUGCCCCCUGCUGGUCACCAACCGCCGUGACUGGCGGGCCAUCAAGUUCUACUGCCACAACCGCAUCCAGCUGCUGAAGAAGAGGGAGCGGAGGGAGAGCCUGAGCGCCAUGGGGGCUCCGCCCAUGUGCUGAGGAAGUCCCGCCCCCCAAAUAAACUUACCCCCCCCCCCCCCCCGGCCCCUCCCCUGGACCGCCCCCUCACAGCUGCCCCGCCCAAGUCUCACUAACCUUUAAAAACUGCCCCAGCACGGUCUGAACCACAAUCAGUAAAAUCCGUUUCAGAGUCAUUUCAGGGCUCUACAAGUGCUGCCAUUUUGGGAGCAUCGGCUCCUGGUAAUUGAUGUGCGCCAACUGUAAAAAAGUAAUUGAGGAGAACAUCUCGUAAUUGGGGUGCAUUAGUGUACGGCUAAAUUUUUCAACUAGGGAGCACAUGUGCUCCUUGGACAAAUUUUUUGGUGUAGAGCCCUGCAGUGGGUAUGGUCUCGUCAGUUCACACGGGCCAUAGCUAUGCUCUGAUGUUGCCUGGAUGGUGAGCUUGGACGCCUCUCCUUUUUCAAAUUCAAAAUGGCGGGGGGUGCGGCCUCUAUAAUCAGUUUGGUGAUAGCCGUGCUUUGUCGUAGGAGGCUGCUAGCGAACAGAUAUAAGGGGCAAGGAGGUGUUACUCCUCUAACGUUCAUGGUGAAUUCCCAUUGACUUUGACUUUUUUUUGGGGGGGAGGUUGGGUUGGGGGGACUGGAAAAUGAGGGAGUGCCCUCCUUAAUAGUUUGCAACGUCCAACCAAAUUUGACCAUGUGAACCACAACACCACCAUUCCAUGCUGUCAUUAUUGACAGUCUAUCCCCCCCCCCCCCCCCCCCCCCAAAAGUGAACGGUGCAUUUACUCACUGGAGUUUCCUUUGGUUUAUUGUACUUUUUUUGUUUUUUUUAAAGUGACCAGUCUACCUGUAGCCACAUCAGUUUCCCUGCUGCACUGUAGAUGACAGAGCUUCAUCAUACAGUCAGUGGUCUACAGUACACUCUACCUGUAACCGUCUGCAAACUACCUGCUCUGAAUCACUACAGGUGCGCACACAUCCACAGAUACUUGAACCUCUUAACAAAUCAGCUUUUUUCUCUGGUAUUUGGUACACACAGCGUUCAUAUACUGCUUGUCCUGUAUAUAGCGAUCUUAUCAUUUGAAUUCGAUAUUGUCUUGGUUAUUAAUAUAAUUCCUUCUUUAAGCUAUUCUGUACAUAUUGUUGUAAAUUAUCACAGAGACAAAAAGGAUGAAAUAAGUAUCGCGAAGAGAACCGUGUAAAGUAUGACUUGGUUUUUGUG